AUGAGGGCCGCUUCCAGACUCUUCGCCGCCGUCAAGCCCGGCCAAUUCCUCGAGGCCGGCGCCCCGACCGGCCUGACGGGCCUCGCGACACACCCCUCGCCGCGCUCGACGCUGCUGCACCACUACAACGGCACCCUCACCAAGCUGCAGCAGAUCCCCGAGUCGUCCGUCUACCGCCAGUCCACCGAGGCCCUCACCCGCCACCGCCUGGCCGUCGUCGAGGCCUCGAAGCCCAAGGGCUGGGACGCCUGGCAGGAGAAGAUCCUCUCGCAGAUCGCAGAGGACCCAGAGCACUUCGAGACCAUCCGCAGCGGGGGCGGCACCACCGUCGUCCUGCCCCGGGUGCAGAACGUCGACUACGGCCAGAACCGCAAGGCCGAGUGGGACGGCGAGGUCGCCCCCUCCUUCCCCGAGGGCAUCCGCACCCAGAGGGAGCGCAGAAAGGACGUCAAGGCCAUGAAGGGCGACAAGGACUACAAGCCCGAGCGCACCUUCUCGCCCACCGAGUUCGCCUCGGAGCCGCAGUACACCAUCGAGGCCAUCUCCGACCUAGAGAGCAAGAUCGGCGCCGGUCUGAUCGAGGAGGUCAUCCAGGUCGCCGAAGCAGAGCACAAACUCGUCGACGAGAUGAUCAAAAGCCGCGUCUGGGAACCGCUCGAGGAGCCCAUCCCCGAGGGCCAGUGGUCGUACGCCGAGCGAGGAACCCACACGGGCACCACGCAGAAGCCGUAG